AAAAACAGAAAAGUUCUUAUUACUAUUUCGUGAAUAACUAAAGUUCAUAGUCUACGUAGGGGCAGUACGUUAAAUUUGAUUUGAAAUGCCAUUUUCCACAAACAAAAUAUGUGUGUCUCAUAAAACGAGUGAAAUGGUAAAAGUCGUUGUGCGGUGUAGACCAAUUAAUGAAAGAGAAAAAGCUAUAGGCUGUAUAAAUGUUAUUAAAACGUAUCCCCUUGAAGGAGUAGUUGAAAUUUAUGAUGUAAACAAUAGUAAAACAAAUCUUUGUAAAGUGUUUAGUUUCGACAGAGUAUUCGACAAUAAUUGCAGCCAACAAGAAAUGUAUAAUGCUGUGGUUAGGCCUCUUGUUAUUUCUAUUCUCGGUGGAUUCAACUGCACUAUUUUCGCAUAUGGACAAUCAAGUGCAGGGAAGACAUACACAAUGGAAGGAAUUCUAAAUGAGGAUAAGUAUAAAGGCAUAAUCCCUAGAACGUUUGAGCAAAUAUUUGAUCACAUAUCUAGUUCAUAUAACAUGCAGUAUUUAGUGCGAGCUUCUUAUUUAGAAAUUUAUCAAGAUGAGAUAAGAGAUCUGCUAAAUACAAACUACAGUCAGAAGUAUGAACUUAGAGAAAGUAAAGAGCUGGGCGUUUACGUAAAAAACAUCACGUCCACGGUUUGUAAAAAUGUAAAACAAAUGAUGAUGUUAAUAUUAAAGGGUCAGCGGCGAAGAUCUAUUGGGACAACUGACCUGAAUGAUCGGAGCUCUCGAUCACAUGCAGUAUUCACUAUUACAGUAGAGAUGCGAGACACUGGAGGACCACUGGAGAAUCGGGUUCGUGUAGGAAAACUUAAUCUAGUUGAUUUAGCUGGUAGUGAACGUCAAAGCAAAACCAACUGUGAAGGCAUAAGACUGAAAGAAGCAAGUAAAAUAAACUUAUCGUUAACUGCCCUCAGUAGUGUAAUAUCUGCUUUGGCAAGUGGCAAGGAACUCCACAUUCCAUAUAGAGAUUCAAAACUGACGCGCCUUCUGAGAGAUUCAUUGGGUGGCAAUUCGAAGACCUUAAUGAUAGCUAAUAUUGGGCCGGCCGACUUUAAUUGUGUCGAAACCUUAAAUACUCUUCGGUACGCUUCUAGGGCUAAAAACAUACUAAACAAACCACGAAUAAAUGAAGAUCCAAUAGAUACACUCAUUAGAAAAUAUCAAGAUGAAAUUUCAAGAUUAAAAUGUCAACUGGCAGAAAAGAAGUCACUGAAAGAACCAAGAAUUGCAUGUGAGAUACCCUUACAAUGUAUGGGCGAUAGCAGUACUAUAGCCAAUGAAGUACAAUCAGUGAAUGAAUCGAAUAUAAUUAAUUGUAAUGAAACCAAAUUACUAGGAAGAUAUUGUGCCAACAACGAGGAAGAAAGUCAAUUAGAGAAAAGCAUAGAGCUUGAAUCAGAAUUAAACAAUUUAAUGAAACGAAUCGAUUCAAUGGAAAGCAAACUUCUCUCGGGUUCUAACGCAGAAACGUCUAGCAUUUUUGAGCAUACCAAUGAGCAGCAGAUCAUUUUAGAUGCUAAAUCUAAAGAGAUAGAAAAAAGUAAACUUAGAGAAAGGGAUAUGGAGAACUUGAUAGAAAUGAAAAAAGAAACUGCGAACGAGAUGAAAAAGGAAUAUACGAAUCUCCAGCAAGAAAUAGAAAUAAAAUCAAAACAACUUAAUCAGUACUAUAGGGAACUUAAAAAUGUUAGACAAGUCACAAAAGAAGUUGUAGCAGAUUUCAAUUCAGACAGGAGAGAGUUGGAAAUUAUGAGUUAUGACCUACUUAAGGACUUAAAGUUGAGGCUGUUAAUAUUAGAAUGUUUCGUUCCUUAUGAAGAUCACAGACGGAUUCUUUCCAAACUCCAUUACGAUGAAGAAUUAGACUGUUGGGCGGUUUCUUCAGACCACGAAGUUGAUUCUACUCUUUCUCAGCUUCAGUGUUUCAAUUUUAUGAGAAGACCAGUUUCCAUGUACACCCUAUUUAUGAGCAGAAGAGUAAACCACAUAUUUAGAUGUGACCGGACUAUGGAAAAUAAACAAAAUACAUUCCGUUUCAAAGAAGAAAAUAUUCUUGAUCUUGACCUAGUUGGUUCUACGCGUACUACCAAAGACUACGAGCUUAACAAGAAUGUAACAAAUACGAUAAGCUCAAUUCUUCAGACUGCUCUUAAACAAGAAGACGAUAUUAACAUUGAUGCUGCCAAUCCAAUGUUCAGGGACUUCUCUUUUAAACCGAAGCGAGUAGAUAGAAUGUUUACCCAGCCAAUCAUAACAAAUCAAGAGAUACAUAAAAUAAAGCGAUGUCCUUCCAUAACCUAUACACCAGUAUAUCCCAAAGCCCGUGGACUCGUUCCUAAAUAAAUGCCGGCAUGAAUACAACUUAUAAAAAUUGUUCAUAUAAUUUCACAAAACAUUGAUUGGUAUGUUUUGUAUUAAAUGAUUUUAAAGAUAUUAUUUAUUUUUGGAACGAUAAACAAAAAAUAAAGAUUUGAUCCUUGAAACAUAAUUACAUAGCCUAUGUCUGAAAUGUCU